AUGGACGACGAAGCGCCUGUCAUAUACGGACUUGAAUUUCAGGCAAGAGCAUUGUCUGCUCAAACAGCAGAGACAGAUAAGAUACGCUUCCUAGUGGGUACACAGUCACUCAGGGCAGAAAACCAGAUCCACCACAUAGAUUUUGAUGAUGAAAACAACAUCAUAAACAAGAUUGUAUAUAUACAUCGAGAGGGCGAAAUCUGGGACAUCAGUGCUUCAACGCUUGACAGUAAUCUGCUCACGACCUGCUACAACAAAACAUCAGAAUCCAAGACAGAGAUGCGUGGAACAGUAUGGAGACUUCCUUCAGACUAUGACAGUUGUCAGGUUGAGGACCAGACUUCCCAUCAGCCUUUGCAGCUAGUGUGUCACCUAGAUAACUCUGAAUAUGGGGACAUGAAAAGCAUCCUUUGGCAUCCGACUGGUGAUAAUAGCAAUCUGAUUGGUUUGUCAGACAAUCAUAUUCUCCUCUGGGACCUGGAGAGUUCAUCAAAUACUGCAAAGCUGUCUGCCUCUGUGGAGUUAGAGAGCAAGGGUCAGCCAAAGAUGACCUGUGGUCGAUGGAACCCACACCACAAUAGCCAGCAGGUGGCCACAGCCAAUGACACAGCCAUACGAGGGUGGGAUAUUCGCUCCAUGCAACAGGUGUACAUGAUUGAGAAUGCUCAUGGUCAGCUGGUCAGAGAUGUGGACUUUAACCCCAAUAAGCAAUAUUUCCUGGCAAGUUGUGGAGAUGACUGUAAGGUCAAAUUCUGGGACACCAGGAAUCCCACCGAGCCCCUCAAAGUUUUAUCAGAACAUUCACACUGGGUAUGGUCUGUGAGAUAUAACCAUUUCCACGACCAACUUGUCCUGUCAUCCAGCAGUGACAGUCGUGUCAUCCUCAACAAUAUUGUGUCCUUAUCAUCAGAGCCAUUUGGACAUCUGGUGGAGAAUGAAGAAGACAGUGAUGAGGACCAACAGAUCCAGAAUCAGUCUGGAGAAGUGCCAAAGGAUGGAGUGAUAGCUACUUACGAGGAACAUGAGGACAGUGUAUAUGCUUCAGACUGGUCUUCAGCAGACCCAUGGGUCUUCGCUUCCCUUAGUUAUGAUGGACGUUUAGUGAUCAACAGAGUACCAAGGGUGGAGAAAUAUAAGAUUUUAUUAUGAUUGUUUAAAGCUAUCAACAGAGAUAUUAACGGGAAAAUCAGAUGAUUGAAAGGGAUCUUUAUUGACUAUAUUCAAUUAAUUUGACUUUGUGGGCAUGACUUUCUGCAAUAUUUUUCUUGAUUUUAUCUGCAGUAAUGUAAUGUUUCAGUGAUACAUUUAUAAAUGUAAUACCUUUUUUUUCUUUUCCUCAACUUUCCUCAAAAGUUGAAGACCAAAUGGAACUCAAAACUUACAAUUCAUGAACACUUGUAGAUGAAGUUACCCAUUGUCUGAUUCCAU